CAUCGUUUUCCUGUCACUUCCUCAGAUGGAGCUGGAGCAGAAUACCACUCUAAGGAUGGAGCUGGAAACCUCUGUGUUUGAGAACGUUACUGUCAUUGAGGUGGCACAAUGGCGUGUGGUUCUGGACAUGGUUAGCACCAUCAUCAUGACCUCCAACACCAUCAACCUUAUGCUGGGGAUGGGCGCCGCUAUAUCCAUUACGGAGCUGUGGAUGCACACCAAGCGACCAAUCGGGGCGCUGAUCGGCAUGUUGGGCCAGUUCGCAGUACUACCAGCCAUCGGUUUCUGCCUCUGUGUGUUAUUCAAGUUACAGCCGUAUGAGGCACUAGGAGUCCUUAUCAUUUCCUGCAGCCCCGGCGGAUCCUUCUCUAAUUUCUUUACCUUUUGGGUUGACGGCGAUUUGGCACUCAGCAUUAUGAUGACGGUGUGCUCGUCUCUGCUCGCCUUCGGAGGGAUGCCCUUGAACCUUUGGCUGUACGGCAAUUAUUGGCAGCAAGACAACUCGUUCGUCAUUCCCUUCAAAAAUAUCCUCAUAUCUCUCGUCUUCAUUACUGUACCAGUCAUCGUGGGCAUGACAGUGAGGUACUUCCACAAGCGGGCAGCGGAAAUUACCACUCGGGUGACGAGUUUGAUUGGGUGGCUGGGUAUGAUCUCUAGCAUCGUCAUCUGGAUAAUAUUAUACUGGCGAGUGUUUGUGAUAGCCACCCCACUGCUCUAUUUAGCCGCCAUACUUCUUCCGUCCAUUGGCUUCAUAUUCGCUUUCCUCUUGGCCAAGUUAACCUGUCGGGACAACAAGACUGCACGCACCAUCGGCAUAGAGACCAGCUCCCAAAAUAUGCCUGUUGCAUUGAGCAUCAUCCUUCUCUCUUUUACAGGGAUUGAGCUGAAGGGUCAGCUUCUGCUAUUCCCCACACUGUACGGCGUCUUCUUGACCUCUGAAGCCAUGCUGGGCAUCACUGUCUACCAGAUGUAUAAGAAAUUCUGCAAGAAGUCCGAAGACUACCCGACAAUGCAUACAGCCCGCUUGGAGUCUGCCACAUCCACCGAAAAAGAAACCUUUAAAGUGUGACGCGGAUAGCGGACAAAUGAUAGCAGCGACUCUUUACCAGCUGAAUUGUGUUCAUCAUAGGAUUUGUAAAUUGAGAGAAAAUCUUUUUUACUGUAAACUGAUAUAACGGCUAACCGUUAUAUCAAUGCCACGAAAUAUCCAGGUUUAAAAAGGAAAGAAAACAAAGAAAGAAAGAAAGAGAAAAGGCUAUCUAGAGACAUAUGUAUUUCUGGAAACAAAUAUUUUCUAUGCAUCACUUGUACUACUUCCGUAUACGUACAAUGGAACCUCGGUUCACGAAAUGAAUUCGUUCCUGAUCCCAAAUGCUCGUAAAUCGAAAUUACUUUCCCCACAGAAAUCAAUGUAAAAUAUAUUAAUCCGUUCAUGGACCGCAGAUGACUGCUUAUUUAAACUUGUGUUUUGUCCACAAGUUCAUGCACGAGAUCAUUGAAAAUAAUAACAAUAAAAAAAAAAAAAAUA